AUGAGGUUCUCUUCAUUGUUUGGGCCGGCGACUGGCUUGCUCCUUGCGGGUUUACCAACCCUUUACGCCCUGUCAUUCGAGACGGUAUCAGUUCCGGAACUAGACCUCAGCUCGCUGGGACGGGUGUCAAUCACCGGUGACUUCGAUGGCGUUUCGCUCUACCAGUACAAGGGACAGUCCGAACAGAUUCCUCAAAAUGGCUCGCAAUCCCUUCUAACUCCGCUACCGAACGGUAUCCUCACGACUCUCGAAUCGUCCGACGCACACAUCCUGGCAAUGUGCCCCUUUACGCAAAAAGAUGGAACCUUUGCAGGAAUCUUUGUCGGAGGUAACUUCACCAGUCUGGGCGGCGUUGAGUCCCCCGGUGCUGCGCUUUUCAACCCGAAUACCACCAAGAUCACUGCUCUACCAGGUCUUUCGGGCUCGGUUCAUGCUGUGACUUGCGACCAGAGCACCAAUCGCGUUUACGUCGGAGGAAACUUUACAUACGAAAACACAACCAACGUCGUUGCCUGGGCGCCUGGCGACGGCUGGAAGGAUCUUUCGUUCAAUGGUCUUAACGGACCCGUCAAGUCGAUCUUGAAGGCAGAUAAUGGUCACAUCAUCUUUGGAGGAUCUUUCGAUUCCCUCGGCAACAGCACCAGCUCAUCCAAUGAACGCCAAGUUCUUAACCUGCAAAAUGCGACCAUCACCUCCGACACAGAUUCCUCUCUGAGUGGUUACUCUGACCCCCGUAACAUCAUCUGUUCGACAAGUGGAAAGGCAGCUAAAGGUAGCACCUAUCUGCUUCAUGAUUACGCCCCUGGAUUUUGGAGAGCGGACCUUGGAUUUGACUUUUACCCCACCAAAAUUCGCCUCUACAACACUCAUCUGGAUGGACGUGGUACUAAGGAUUUCUUGCUCCGAGCGCUCCCCGACAAUGGUAUUAUGAACCUGACUUACACCGACGAGUCAGGUAAAAAGGCCAAUUGUGACUCUUCCUGCCCGCUUUCCAGCAGCACCGACGAGAAGUACCGUGAAUUUACCAUGGUUAACCCCGUCGGUAUGCAGGGCCUCCAGAUCGAAAUCUUGGAUUGGUAUGGACAGGGAGCCGGUCUUAACGGAAUCGAAGUCUUCCAGGAUCAGAUCCUGACAUACGCCGUUGACCAAUACAAUGAACCGACCUGCGCAGGCAUUGAAUACCCAGCCAAGUCAACACGUACCGGCUCAUGGACCGUCGAGUCUGGGUAUGUGUCCGCACAGGUGACCGACUCUGAUGCCUCUUCCACUGCUGUCACAUUCAAGCCUGAUAUCAAGAAAUCCGGAAAUUACACCGUUAAGGUCUACACUCCCGGUUGUACCCAGGACGACAGCUGCAGCUCCAGAGGAAUUGUCAAUGUUACGGCCACUCUUACGAGCGGCUCUAGUUCCGACCAGCCCGAUCCUGCCUACUUCUACCAGACCAACAACCACGACAAGUAUGACACUUUCUACACUGGCUACGUCGACGCCAGCAGUGACUCUUUUCGACCGGAAGUCACCGUCAAGGCCAAGGAUGGUCAAGGAGACAUCACCAUUGUUGCAUCACGCGUCCGUUUCGAAUUACUUUCAAGCACCGGUGGCAGCGGUGAUCUCAAUGGACUUUACGACUACGACCCAGCUUCCGAGACCGAUACUACCGAUGUGACCAAGUCAGACGUCAACAAGGCGGGUACAUCUCUUGAUCAUGAUGCCUUGGUAUCUUGUAUUGAGGAGUAUGACGACGUAAUCUACGUUGCCGGCAAUUUCUCCGACAGUAAGGUCCGCAACAUCAUGUCGAUCACAGACGGAAAUGUCACUGCAAUGUCUGGCUCUGGCUUGAACUCCCCAGUGCUGGCAAUGACCACUCUUGAUAAGACCAUGUACGUCGGAGGCCGCUUCACUGAUACUUCCGAUGGAGGAGAAGAUGGCCUCGCGCAUGUGGCAUCUUACUCUUUCUCCUCGAAGAAGUGGUCCGCCCUAGGUGCCGGUUUGAAUGGCCCUGUCACCUCGAUUUGGCCCGUUGAACUUAACGCAUCAAGUUCGAUUAAUGAGACUAUUGUCGCUGUUAGCGGUGACUUUGACCAAAUUAUUGCCACUGAUGGAAACUCCGCGGUCUUUGUGGCUGGUUUCGCCAUCUGGGUCCCAUCCAAGAAGGACUGGCUUCAGAACCUUAAUGUCACCCAGAUGCAGUUUGGUGGUCAAUUGUCGGCCUUUGCAUCGCACAACAACACUCUUAUUCUGGCUGGCAGCCUUUCUACCGACGGUACCACCGCUGGAAGUGCAGUAUCGCUCCUGGAAUCGGAUGGCGCCGAACUUAUCCCCCUGUCAAUGAAGAUUGACCACCGAAACUCAAGCACCGGUCUGUACUUCGGUGCCUAUGAUACCGGUGAUGAUCGAAAUCUCACCAUCUACGGUGGACACUUCACCGCUACUGGUAGCAAUGGAUCGACCAUUCAGAACAUUGCCAUCCUGAACGGUACCGAUGAGACCAUCUCAGGCCUACCCUCGGGUAUCGAUAGCAACUCAACAAUCGCUUCAAUGCUCGUGUACAACAACACCCUCUAUGCAGGUGGAAACUUGACCGGCAAGAUUGGCGACGAGGACUUGAGUGGAUUUGUGAUCUACGACCUCAGCAAGAACGAAUUUGCAUCAAGUCAAUCCUCCGUGGAAGGCUCCAAUGUCACCGUAAACUCCAUUGUCAACCGACCCAGUUCAUCUGAAGUCUGGAUUGGAGGCAAAUUUGAACAGGUCGGGACAUUCCCUUGCCCCUCUGUCUGCUACGUCGAUUCGUCCAGCGGGGAAUGGGGCCGUCCCGGUGUAUCCCUCGAUGGCACUGUGACUGACCUCCAGUGGGCAAGCAAGACCAAGCUCAUGGCGGUGGGUGAUCUCUUAGUGGAUGGCAACAAAACCUCAAUUGCUACCUACGAAACUAAAUCCCAAGCGUGGACUUCUCUGACUGGUGCAUCCCAGUCAGAUCUUCCUGGAAACAUCACUGCGUUCGCCCCUGCCAGUGAAGACCUGUCCAAGUUCUGGAUUGGAGGUACUGCUACUAAUGGAUCUGCCUUCUUUUUGAGCUACUAUGAUUCUAAAUUCCACUCUCCUGGUGAUCUCUUCUCCCAGGGCUCCGUCAUCCGUGGUCUGGAGUUGCUUCCCGUUACCAAGGAUCACUCCGAGGCCUCCUUGUUGAACAACUAUCAGACACUGCUGAUCAUGGGCUCCCUUGUAAUCCCAGACUUUGGAAAUGCAUCCGCAGCACUCUACAACGGAACCACCAUCACACCCUUCAUUCUUUCCUCGAAGUCUGAUGGGUCGUCAGGCAGCAUGUCAAGUUUCAUCUCUGAGAACAAGAAUACCUUCAGCAGCAACGAGAAGCACCACUCUAACGGCAUUGCCGUCCUGGUCGCCUUCUGUUGCGCCCUUGGUUGCGUCUUCCUUAUCGUCCUGGCCGGUGUCAUUCUGAACAAGGUGCAGCGCCGCCGCCAGGGCUACGCAGCUGCUCCACAAACAUUUGGUACCGACCGCCCAUCCGACAUGCAGCGUCUUCCCCCAGAAUAUCUCUUCAACUCGCUGCGCCAGCCCAACCCCACUGCCCCAGUCCUUUAA